AUGAACAAAAUUGUAUUGCCUACAGCUACAUCAGGAACUGCUGCAGCAAACAUUCCUUCGGGUAGAACUGCACAUUCCCGAUUUAAGAUUCCAGUUGACCAUAAGGGGUCAUUAGUGUGUGAUGUUCUAAAACAGGCUUCUAUUGCUAGAAAGGAAAAUCUAGAGUCUUUAGAUCUUUUAUUACAGGAUAUAUGUGGGAAUAAGGUGGUCUUUGGAGGGAAGGUUGUUGUAUUCGGCGGAGAUUUUAGGCAGGUUCUGCCAGUCGUUCCUCGGAAGACUAUGAAAGAAGCAGUUCAAGCAAGUAUCGUUACUUCUUAUCUGUGGCCUAAGUUCAGGAAAUUUAGACUAACAGAAAACAUUAGAGCGAGGGAAGAUCCAGUGUAUGCUGAUUUUUUGCUUCGGUUAGGUAAUGGUGAAAUACAGCAAACAGAAAAUGCUUUGGUCAAUUUGCCAGAACAGAUUGUACAGUGCACUGAAAGCAUUCCAGACUUAGUGCCUACUGUUACUGUAACAACAUUUCCAGAAAUUGGUAAUGUCUCCUUUGACAGUGAGGUUUUCACUAAAAAGGCAAUCUUGACACCCCUGAAUGAUGACGAGGAUUGUAUAAAUACAUUCAUGAUUGAGAAGUUUCCUGGACAAGUUGUUACGUACAAGAGUUUUGAUGCAAUCCUGAACGAUACAUGCAACAUAUACCCUACUGAAUUUAUUAACAAGCUUUGCCCUGGUGGAAUGAGUCCACAUGAGCUUGUGUUAAAAGAGAACUUCCCUGUUAUACUGUUGAGGAACUUGCUGCCCUCAUCAGGGUUAUGCAAUGGUACCAGGUUAAUCUGUAAAAAGUUUUAUCCGAAUGUAAUCCAGUGUACGAUAGCAGUUGGUCAUUACAAGGGCGAAGAAGUAUUCAUACACAGGAUAAAUUUAAGACCUUCUAAAUCUGUGAACUACCCGUUUAUGUUUGAACGGAAACAAUUUCCUGUAAAAUUAAGCUUGACAAUGACUAUUAACAAGUCUCAAGGGCAAACUCUCAACCAAGUAUCUGUCUAUCUUCCACGUUCAUGCUUUUCUCAUGGGCAGCUUUAUGUUGCAUUAUCAAGAGCCAAGAAAUCAAAAGAUAUUUCUGUUUUUACCACACGUGAUACAGAUCAGCACUCUGCUAAUAGUGUUAAGAAUGUCGUGUCAUUUACCACAUGUGAUAAAGGGUUUUCACUUGAACGAAUGAAUCCUUACACUGUAGUUCCUGUUCACACAAAUACAGCAGAAUCUCUAUAG